GCUGUGUGUGCGCUUUAGGCUCGAGGGGGAACGCGUAGCUGGGAGUGCAGCUGUGGGACUCGUCGGGGGACAGUUAGGGGUCAGUCGGAAAGGGUUUCACUCCUCCGCCAGCUUAAACAUCAUGGAGCUGUAUUUUGGAGAAUAUAAGCACGUGCAGCAGGAAUAUGGAGUACAUCUUAGGCUUGAAAGUGAUGAGACCAAGAAAUCAAGGCUUUCUCAGAAUGCCAAGACAGGAUCUUAUGGUGUCAGUAUUAGAGUACAAGGAAUUGAUGGCCACCCAUACAUUGUACUGAAUAAUACAGAGAGAUGUUUGUCAGGCGUUCCCUUUGCAGAAAAUGGGCCAUCGUUUACAUCUCCAGCAGUCAGUGACCUGCCUUUACAUUCCAACAUUGAUCCCAGACUGGAAGAGAAAGCCAGUGAAGAACUCCGGUUCCCAGAAAAUCCAUAUGCACAGCCUAUUACCUUUAGAAGUCUAAAGCCAGCCAGUCUUUAUGAAGGUAAAAACGGAUUUCUUGACCACAAAGAUAGUUCACUAAAAUCUUCCAACAUGUUGAACUUUCAGAGACACCCUGAACUUUUGCAGCCUUAUAAUCCUGAAAAGAAUGAGUUGAAUUUAGAGACUCACAGAUCUCCUGAGUGCAAUUGGACCAAAACACCUACAGAGGAAACUCGAAAUGAUAAACGUUCUCGAACUUGCUUUUCUAAACCUGCUACUUCUCAGCCAGCUAGUGUGCCUUCAGGAGAUAUGUCAAAAUGCAAUGUGACAGCCAUUCGUUUGUGCAGCUCUAUUGUGAUAGAUGAUCCCAAGAAGCAGGCAUCAGUGUGUCUGAAUGUUCAGAGCUGUGCCAACGAGGGGCUGCCAGCUGAAUCUCCUACUCCCAGCGAGAAACCCCUCAUUGCCAUUCACCCAGGUACUCAUCAGGAAAGCAAAAAAAGUAGGCCAGAUGUUCUCCCUUUUCGCCGACAAGAUUCUGCUGGGCCAGUAUUGGAUGGUUACAGGUCGCGGAGAUCCUCCUCUUCCUCAGCAACCCCCACUUCAGCCAACUCUUUGUACAAAUUUUUACUGGAUGACCAAGAUUAUGCCAUCCAUGCUGACAAUGUGAAUCGUCAUGAAAAUAGAAGAUAUAUUCCCUUCAUGCCAGGGACAGGCAGAGAUAUUGACACAGGAUCCAUUCCAGGUGUAGAUCAAUUAAUUGAAAAAUUUGAUCAGAAAGUUGGCUCUCAGAGAAGAGGGAGAUCUGGGAAACGGAACAGAAUUCAUCCAGAUGAUCGAAAGAGGUCUAGAAGUGUAGAUAGUGCCUUUCCUUUUGGUCUACAGGGAGACUCUGAGUACUUAGAUGAGUUUAGCCGAAACUUGGGUAAAUCAAAUGAACAUCUCCUCAGACCAUCUCAAGUUUGGCAGCAGAAGCCCCUGUCUCGAGAUCGCCGCCUGCCUUCUGGUGGGAAACAUACCAUGGUAGGGCAGACUUCUGGGAAACUGCAGGAACCAGGUCAGGAUGCUCUCGAUGGACAGCCCAGGCCUUCGCAGUUCAGUAAUGCAAGCAAAGGUUAUGAAAAUAAAGUUAACAAAGACAGUGGGAUGAAAAGACCUCCCACACUCUCAGCCCAGAAUAAAAAGGAGGAAGAAAUAAAAACAGCAACUGCCACUGUGUUGUUACAGAAUCAGGCUGUGGCCACAUCUCCUGAUUCAGGAACGAAGAAAAUUUCCAUCAAGACAGUAUCCUCUGCUACAAAUACUCAGGGUAAUCAAGAUUUUUCAGAUGAGAGGCACAAAGAGGCCACACCUGACCUGUUAAAAGGCCAGCAAGAGCUUGCUCAACAAACAAAUGAGGAGACGGCUAAGCAGAUCCUUUACAAUUACCUCAAAGAAGGGAGCACUGAUAAUGAUGAUGCCACUAAGAGAAAAGUAAACCUGGUCUUUGAGAAGAUUCAGACUUUAAAAUCCAGAGCAGCUGGAAGCGCACAAGGAAACAAUCGAGUUUCCGAUUCUUCAGCUGAAGUCAGAGAACUGCUGGAGCAGAGAAACAAACUGAACAGGGAGGUUUCAGAACUUCAGAAACAGCUCAAUCUAGAAAUUAGGAAUCAACAAAACAUCAAAGAAGAGCGAGACCGAAUGAAAGCCAACCUCGAAGAGCUUAGAAGCCAACAUGAGGAGAAGGAGAAGGUGACGUCGACGCUGCAGAAACGUUUGGAUGACAGUGAAAUGGAGCUCCGGAAAAAUCUAGAGGAGUUGUUUCAGGUGAAGAUGGAACGGGAGCAGCACCAGACAGAGAUCAGAGAUCUCCAGGACCAGCUCUCAGAAAUGCACGAUGAGUUGGAUAAUGCAAAACACUCAGAUGAUGGGGAGAAGGGAGCCCUAAUUGAGGAACUACUACAAACAAAGCGGGAUCUACAAGAUGUUUUGAUAGCCAAAGAGGAGCUAGAAGAUCUGCUAAGAAAGCGAGAGCGAGAACUUACUGCCUUGAAGGGAGCGUUAAAAGAAGAAGUAUCAAGUCAUGACCAGGAGAUGGAUAAACUCAAGGAGCAGUAUGAUGCAGAACUCCUGGCCCUGAGAGAGAGUGUAGAAGAAGCCACCAAGAAUGUUGCAGUCCUGGCCCAUCGGAGUAGCACUUCACAACUGACUCAGUUAGGAGCAGAAAACCAGGUGAAGGCUCUAGCCGAAGAAAGUGAGAAACUACAGGAAAAAAUCAAAGAACUGGAACUGAGCGUGACACAACUUCAGACGCAGGUCAAUGAGAUGAAAUUAGAUGAAGUCAAAAUGAAGGAAAAACUAAAGAAAUGUGAGGGAGAAAAGCAGCAGCUAGAAGAAGCCCUUUUACGUGCCAAAGACCAAGAAAAGGAAAUGCUGUCAGCAAAAAGGGUCCUGGAGAAUCAACUAGAGGACAUUCAGAGAAAUCUCAGCCGGGCCACACAGGAGCAGCAAAAUCUCUCUGAGAAGUUACAAGAUGAGACAGAUCAGAAGGAACAGUUGAAGAGGUUGAAGAAUGAAAUGGAGAAUGAGCGAUGGCAACUGGACAAGACCAUUGAGAAACUGCACAAGGAGAUGGCCGACAUUGUGGAGGUUUCACGGACAUCAACUCUGGAACUCCAGAACCAGCUGGAUGAAUACAAGGAGAAAAAUCGCCGGGAGCUUGCCGAAAUGCAGAGGCAAUUAAAAGAGAAAACCGUGGAAGCAGAAAAAUCCCGCCUGACAGCCAUAAAAAUGCAAGAUGAGAUGCGCCUGAUGGAGGAGGAGUUACGAGACUGCCAAAGAGCUCAAGAUGAAGCCCUCACAAAAAGAGAACUUCUGCAACAAACGUUGAAAGACCUCGAGUAUGAACUGGAGGCCAAGAGUCAUCUUAAGGAGGACCGCAGUAGACAAGUCAAGCAAAUGGAGGAUAAAAUUUCUCAGCUGGAGAUGGAACUAGAUGAAGAAAGGAACAAUUCUGAUUUGUUGUCUGAGAGGAUCACCCGGAGCAGGGAACAGAUUGAACAAAUGAGGAGUGAGUUGCUACAAGAGAGAGCUGUAAGGCAAGAUUUGGAGUGUGACAAGAUUUCCCUGGAGAGACAGAAUAAGGAUUUAAAGAGCCGGAUAGUUCACCUGGAAGGUUCAUAUAGAUCUAGUAAAGAAGGUCUAGUGGUGCAGAUGGAAGCCAGGAUCUCAGAGCUAGAAGACCGGCUGGAGAACGAAGAGAGGGACAGAGCUAAUCUUCAGCUGACCAAUCGAAGACUGGAAAGGAAAGUGAAGGAGUUGGUGAUGCAGGUAGAUGAUGAGCAUCUCUCUUUAACUGACCAAAAGGACCAGCUGAGCUUACGUUUAAAGGCAAUGAAGCGCCAGGUUGAGGAAGCAGAAGAAGAGAUUGACAGGCUGGAAAGUUCAAAAAAGAAGCUUCAGAGAGAGCUGGAAGAGCAGAUGGAUGUGAAUGAGCAGCUACAGGGGCAGCUCAGCAACAUGAAAAAGGACUUAAGACACAAGAAGAUGCCAAGUAAAGUGCUGGAUGAUCUCGAUGAUGAUGAUGAUGACGACUUCAGUACUGAUGGGGGUAGUCUAUAUGAAGCACCCAUGGGAUAUCCAUUCUCAAAGGAAAAUGACCCCACUAAAUUUGCUUCUGCUUCCCUCAGUGUUUGAGCAGCACAUCAUCUAAACAAGCCACCAAAGUGUAGUUGACCAGAGCCAGAUGCAUAAAAGGGUCCAUCUGGAGUGGAGACCUUCCCCCUUUAUUCACAACAUGUGCCAUUUCCUCAAGUAUUAUAAGCCUCACUUUGGGUAGCCAGGCUGCAGAGCAGCUCUCACAUCCAAGGCAGGUAGUUCCUGUGUUAUAAAACAUUUAGAAACCUGAUAGAUAGGGCUUACCACUGGUUAUUUACCCUUUGAGCACCAGCUCAUAUGGUAAAAAAAUCAAGGUGGUUAAAAAAUCAAAAACAACAUCAAAUGAGGCCACGAUCCAUGUGAAUUAUUUGCCCCUAGUCAGCACCAUUUGAUUGUGUUCACUGCCCAACCUGAUGAUUCCAAAUGACAGGAUAUAGGGCCUAGUUUCUAUUUAAAUAAUGAUAUAUCUCCUAGAAUCUGAUGAUCCCACAUGCCAGGGUAUAGGUAUAAGUUAUAUUUAAUAACUCUAAGUUGGGGAAAUCUGAUGUAUAGGUUGUAAAUAUGUUAAACUAGACCUCGCUGACUUCUCUAGUUCCAUUUUGGAAAGCUACAGAAGUUUUAUAGGUCAGCUUCAUAUGUAAAGUAUACAAAUCUAUAUUAAGUAUUAUAUCUUUUUAAAUAAGAAACUACUAGAUUUUAAGUAUUAAGAUUGAUUAAUGACCAUUCUGAAAAUCAAUAUAAAAAGGAGAUGGCUGAGUCUUGAAGGAAUUUAAGUAAUAAUAGCCAUGUUCUUUGAAAAAGCCAUUUUUUUUAAUAAAGGGGAGGUAGUCAGAGAGUCAGUGGUGGUUGUUUUUCCCCCUCUACCUGCAGAUCAAACUGUUUCAUUCUUUAUCUCUGGAUUGAUUUUCAUUCUUACAUGUAAAAUGUACAUUUUACAUUUAGUGACAAGCUGAGAUAUGUCACCACCACUUUCAAGCUUUCUGGGGUGGGGUGGGGGGGAGGAUUUGUCUUCCAACUUUAGCUCUCUGACAGUCAGCAGUAGGUGACAGCUGCUGCAUACAGUAUAAGCAACCUUGCCACUGAUGAAAGCCUCCUCUACCCCAGCCUUCAUUGCUUGUUCUCCCAGGCUCCUAAAUGGGAUAAUGCCAAGAGAUGGUGAAAUGGUGAGAGGUCAUGACUGAAACAAGAAUUCAGAGUGUUGAAGACAACAGGAGAGAGCUAGGAAGAUCAUGGGAGUAAGAGAGAGCAUUGGAUAUAGGAUGAGAGGAGUAAGGAAAAAUGGAACCAGGGAGGAAUAAGAAAAUAAAAGAGUCCUAAGUUAGAAAGGAUGAGUAGGUAGAACAUGGACUGAGGAGGAUCUAAGGUCUCGGUACAUUUAAGUACAUUUAAGAAGGUGGGCAGAUGGAAAUAGUGCCAUGAAAAAAGCAGGAGCUACUGAAGAAGUCCCUUAAUUUCUGAAAACUAUGCCUUUGGGUGGCAUAGGGAGCUUAGUCCUUCUUCUCUCUUGACACCACUAAAGCCCUGAAGGUGGUGAUUAGAAAAGAGCAUGUGAGAAAUAGGUAGGUAGCUUACUAGGAAUCCAGGAGCUGGGCCUCAUGGGCUGUGGUAGGAUGGAGAUAAAAGGCAUGGCUGGCCAUUGCCAUUCCCUCUCUUGAAAGUUGUCACAGGUUAUACAGCAUACUUAGUGUUUCCUAUUAAUCACUUCCCUUAAGUCCAGGAUGGGUCUUUGCCAUGUAAUGUGUUGGUCAUGGCUGGUACAUGGCAUAUAUCCUCUGGCCUGAUAUGACACCAGGGCCAUCAGGGAACCCCAAAGUGGACAAAGUAGCCUUCAGCCCAGGAAGAAAACAUUAAGAGCCUUGGAUGUAGUGAAAGAGUGAGAGCUAAUGGGACUUGGUCACUGCAACUGUUUUCACAGGUUGCCAUGUGCCAUAUUGGAUGGUAGGAGUAGGGCUUAGGUAAUGGACAAGAGAGCCCACAUCACUAAGGGGGACAGGAAAUCCCAGUGGAGUCAUCCUUCUGUCUCCUUCUAAUUCCCCAAUCGUGGAGUUUCCUAGAACUCUCAGAGACAUGCCAGUUCCUGGAUCUCUCUAGGAAGUAUGAGUGAUUUGGAUCAACACCCUCUCCCCAUUCUCUCCCGUCUGUCUUAAGAAUCCGAUGGUCAAGGGAUGACAGCCAGGGUCCACAAUCACACUUUGGUCCCAGUUUUGGAGGCUUAUUCCAACUUUCUUUCCCCUUGAUUGUGUUAUAUAAAGGCAGGACUGGAAUUUUUCCUUCUCUGCGGAUUGGGGAUCUCGGGAGCCCCGCCCUAGACCUCUUCAGCCUCUCUGGGGCCCCUUACAAUCGUGUGAUGACUCGGGGACGCAAGUGCCGUGACCGUGUUCUGGGCAGCUGUCUAGAUUUAGUGUUCACUUUUUCCAGUAGGAGUUUGCAGUAAGUGCUCCUCAGUCUGACCUUCACCAUCCUGCUGUUUUCAUCAUUAGCACGGUAACCAUCCUGCCUGACUGAAACUGUCUUAUCCCACCAAUAGCUAAAUGACUGGUGAGUUAGGUCUAUUAACUCAGCAACUUCUUUUAUGGAAGAAGAAUGUCGUGAGUUCAGCCAAGCAGGACUACUAAGAGAAGGGGGCGAGAGGGACGGCUCUCUCUUGAAAACAAAUGCAGCGACCAGCCUGGGUUAUAAGAAAGGAAGCUUUGAAAGUAUUUCAUGAUAAUAUUUUAACAAUUCCUAUUUUGUUUAUAAAUUUAAUUUCCAUACUACCUGGAUUUGAAUAUAAUUGGUGAUUAACUCGCAUAUAUGCACCAGAUAGAUUUUUGGGCCCAUUUCUGCCACUGGUUAGUGGCUAUGUGACAUUGGGCAAGUCACAUAUUCACCUUGAGGAAAGUGAAUUAGAUGAUCUAUAAGGUCGUUUCCAACUUUAGAAUUCCAUGAUUCUUUCAUUCUCUUAUAUAUAUGAAUACUUUCCCCACUUAUCUCUUUAAUGACUAACCCAAAGAACCUUCUCACUAAUGUUUUCUAUAGCUCUGUGAAAAACACAUUUUUGUUUUUUUUUUAAAAGAAGGCAGUUGGACCAAAUGCACAACGCUGUGACGACAAUCAUCAGAAAAUUGUAUUUUUUUGUGAUUUUUAAUUACUUUGCAUUUAUGAAUACCUUUUUACGACGCCGGUAGACGUGUGUUCAGCUCAGUUUUCUACUUGGCCAUAGUUUAGUUGCUGCUAUUUAUCACCGGGAAGAUAUAUUUUCGUCGCAGCUACCUCUGUGUACAUGAAACUGUAAACACCAAGGUCACUUUUCAAUAAACAACGUCCAUCAACCUCAA